GAUUAUAUUAACAAAAAUCCAUGUGCAGUUACAGUGACAGAUGCAUGCAGUACGGUUGCAGUGAUGAUGAUGAUAGAUGAACAUCUGUUGGCUGGUAACAACAACGUUUUGCAAAUCAGUAUGCAAUUGAAACUUUUGUUGAUCAGAUUUAACACAAAAGACAAAUCAUAAGAAACCCUCAGUCUCAGAAGUAUGACAGCACUACUGAGGCAUCAACAAAGUUUCAUGCUCACAUCCUUCUCCUGGUGGCAUAAACAACCAACGCAGGGGUAUGGCAAGGUCAGCAAAACACAGAACUGGUGCCAUUGGCUGGAGGUGGUUAACGGUUAGCCCGCAGGCUUGUUUUUAUGAGUGCCAGCUUCUCAAAUCUACCACAGUCACAGGAGGAGGACUUGAGACAUGCUUAACACCUCAAACAGCACAGCAAUGGACGACUUUUUUUACUAUUACGAUUCAAAUAUCUCGUUUGGGAAUAUAAGUAACAUCAGUGAUUACGACUCUGACUGGUGUGAGGCUGGGGAGGAGGAGUUCACCAUCAAAAUUUUCCAGACUUGCGUUUUCUGCCUGAUCUUCCUGCUGGGUGUGGUGGGAAACUGCCUGGUGAUUUCCACCUUUGCUCUAUACCGCUCCCUCCGGCUUCGCUCCAUGACCGACGUCUUCCUGUUCCACCUGGCACUGGCUGACCUCCUCCUGCUCCUCACGCUCCCAUUGCAGGCUGUCGAUACUCACCUGGGUUGGAUCCUCUCCAGUCCCCUCUGCAAGGCCACACGUGCAUGCUACGCUAUCAACACCUAUAGUGGGCUUCUGCUGCUAGCCUGCAUCAGCGUUGAUCGCUACUUGGUGGUGGCACGAGCCCAACAGAUGCUCAGGCUACGCAGUCAGAUAUUAACAGGCGGGAAAGUAGCUGCCGUAGGUGUGUGGGUUGUCGCGGUGCUCCUCAGCCUGCCUGAAAUCCUCUUCUCUGGGGUGAGUGAUGGAUACUGCGGCAUGCUAAAGAGCGGAAGAGUCAAAAUGGCCACCAAUGGAGCCAUCAUUGCUGUCUUCUGCCUGUCCUUCUUUGUUAUGGUGACAUGCUACUCUAUGAUUGCUCAAGUGCUGUGGGAAGGGCACGCACAUCGGCGGGGGAAGCAGUGGCAUCGGCAGCGUACCUUGAAGCUGAUGGUGGCUCUGGUGCUGGUUUUUCUGGUAUUCCAGUUGCCGUACACUGUGGUGCUGUCACGUAAAAUGGCAGGGCAGUUCUGCAGUCUUCUGUUGGAGUACAUCACCUGCACUUUGGCGUACACCCGCUGUUGUCUCAACCCUAUCCUGUACGCCCUGGUAGGCGUGCGCUUCCGUAACGACGUGAUGAGGCUCAUCCAUGAUUCAGGCUGCCCGUGUGGGCUCCAGCUGGUGCCACAGGCCGUGAGCUCCAUCUCCCCCUCUUCACCUGCUCUCACAGUUCUCUCAGCUUGCUCUCCAACAUCCCCCGAACGCAGUUACUCCAGCAACGAGACCGUGCCUCCCACCAAAUUUCAGUUUCCAGAAACCAAAUAAUUUUUUAUGGAAUGGACUAUAAACUUGCUGUCCACUUUGUAUUGUUUUAUAUAUACUGUAAGGGAAUAUAAGGGGAUAUAAUGUAUAUUAUACAGAAGCAAUGAACUGAAAAAUAAAAAUUUAAUUUGUCCCUUCCCACUGAGCAAUUUGAUGUUGAAAAGACGUUUAAUAGAUGUCUAUUAUUAUACGUCUAUUUGUCUGUAGACGCCUAGUUUAGAAGGUUUAUUCAAGGUUGAAAAGUGAAAGUUUAGAAGAUGCCUAGUCUUAACGUAACAACCUAACAUUGCAUUGUGGGAUAUGAGUAAACAGAAUCUAUGUAUAUGACAAAAAAUAACCGGUUAUACUGUAAACGUGUGGGCGUGCAGUGCUUAUGUUAGAUAUUUACAGGUUUUUAUGCAUUUUUAAAAUAUGCAAUGUUGUUUUUUAAAAUAUGGCCUAAAACCGGGCUAUAUGUUGCCAAUAAAUCCUGGUCUAUAUCAGAGCUAAAGCAUAGAGGCGAUGUUGAAAUGACGUCUAUUGCUCAGUGGAUUACUUUAUAGCUUUUACUUUUCAAUUACCUUGUUUUAAGUGGGGUUAUUGAGGCAUUUGAAAAUGUUUCUGACAUACUGCAGAGAUGUACUGUUGAGAGGCAGAGAGCAGUAACUACAGAAAAGGUAACAUUAAGAAGAAAGGGUUUAAAGUUUUCAGGCUGGCCAGGCAAACUGCUACAGUAGAUAUGUUGUAUCGCCCCCAAAAAUCAGUAUGUAAACCAUAUAAUUUUAUUAAUCUACAGUCUGAUAAAGUAAUUCUCGAUGUGCGAUAGUUUAACCACCCCAAAUAAUAUUUAUUUGUCAGAGGCUGAGAUGGCAGUUGCUUCUACUUUGCUAAGCUAGUUAACUGAUAUAUUUUAAUUACAGACAGUUAGCGUCAGUUUAGAUUUAGCCAAUGUUAGCCAUGGCUAUCUCACCAGCUAGCUUUAAAUAGAAAUAUAGCUCUCUUGUUUUUGCUGUCUACACACAAAUUAUACAUUUCUAUAGUAUUUUUUCUUUUUUAUGGUAAAAGUUAAUGUCAAAAAGUCAGAUUUUGGUCUUAACUCGGUUUUGAAUAUGUAGUUACUGCAUUUUUGGCUUUGCAGGGCAGUACUGCUCUCAUGUUAUGCCUUGUAAUCAAAAUGUAUAUUUAUAUAAAUGUUUUGGUUGAAACCUUGGUGAUACAAUAAAAUCACUGGAGCUUAGCUGCAGUCAUGAGUUUUAAAUACUUGA